AUGAAAAAAAUUUUCGAAGUAGUUUCGAAGGACUCGCAGCGGGCAUCUUCAAGUUCUGAACCUGACUCGGAAAGCACCGAAGGAAUUAAUGAAAGUCCGGAAAAGGAUAAGGAAUGUGAAAAAUGGAAAAAGCAGAAAUAUGAACAAAAGUACGUAAAAUACUGGGAAAGUGAAUUUAAAUGGUUAUCUGAGGGAACAAAAGGCUGUCAUUAUGCAUUCUGUAAAGUGUGCUCUGUAGAUGUAUACAUAGGGAAGAUGGGUAAAAGUGCAAUUAAAUCCCAUGCAAACACCCAAAUACAUACAAAAAACGCUGGAACGAUUUCAUUAAACCUAGUGCAACAAAAUAUUGAACCAUUAUUUAGUUCAGCAUCCAAGACUGCUGUUAUUGAUGCCGAGAUUAUGAUGGCAGUAUUUGUUGCGGAACAUAAUUUGGCAUUCCAAAUAAUGGGUCACUUACCGCAAUUCGUUAACAAAAUUACCCCGGAUUCGAAUAUUGCCAAAAAAGUAAAGUGUUCUAGGACGAAAAUGGUAAACAUUUUACGGAACGUUUUGGGAAUAUCUUACAUAGAAGAAAUUGUUGAUUUGUUAAACGCCAAUAAAUUUUCUUUAAUUAUUGACGAGUCCACAGAUAUAUCUUUAGUAAAAACCUUGUGCUUGGUGGUUAGAGUAUGUAAAAAUUGUAAAGUACAUGACUUGUUUUUUGAUUUAAUUGAAGUUGAAUCUGCAGAUGCUAGUAGUCUGUUUUCUGCUGUAAUCAAUAGUUUCACGAAGAAUAAUAUCAUGUACAAACAAAACAUGAUUGGUUUCGCAGCUGAUGGAGCCAAUGUUAUGAUGGGUAGGAAUCAUUCCGUAUCUACAUUAUUGAAAGCAGACAUAAAUGAUCUGUUCGUUCUUAAAUGUGUUUGUCACAGUUUUCACUUAUGCGCCUCAUACGCAUGCGAAAAACUUCCUGGCGAAGUAGAAGAUUUGGCGCGUAAUAUUUUCAAUUAUUUGAAGAGUUCAUCGAAACGUCUUAAAGAUUUUUCUUCCUUACAAUAUUUCUUUGAAUUCAAAGCAAAUAAAAUUUUACACCCUUCUCAAACGAGAUGGUUAUCAUUAUCUGCAGUCGUAAGUCGCUUAAUAGAACAGUAUGAUGUGCUUAUAGCAUACUUUUCUAUUGCAGUCAAAGAGGAAAAUCUACAAACAGCUAAAAAUAUUUUAACGUCGCUGAAAGAUCCUAUAACUAAAUUAUAUUUAUUAAAGCUCACAGAUACAUAA